UCGGAAGCGAGCGGCCGAGUGCCCGGCGGCGACGGGCAGUCAGCUGUCGUCUGUAUUCCUGCCACCCUGGCAGAGGCUACAUUCUUGGCGUCAGCGCAGCGGGCAGAGGCCGUUUGCUGACGUCAUGUCGCGUCCCAGUUUCCGGCGCGGACGGCGUCGACCGCCAUUGACCGUUGCGGAAGGGCGUAUUUCGCCGCGUGGAGGCUGUGAUACACGUUUUCGCCUGCACGGGGAUCCAUGCAAAUGUGAUCAUUACGCCGAGGCUCUGUGGACUACGUACAAUGAGCCUUGCUGUCUAAGGAACAGCAAUGGACACUGACGACGAGCGUUUGGAGAUUGUCGAGGAGCCGUGCGGGGACCAGGAGGGGCCGGACAGCCCCGACGACGGCGCACAGUGGACCGGGUCGCCGGUGGACCCGCAGCCGCACUCGCCCUCGUACGAGGGGGCCGGGUACCGCUCCGACGAGCACCCCCAGUCUCCCUCAGAGGAGGGAGAGGAGUCACAGUCAGAAGAUGAGCAGCAACCUCAGUCUCCCUCGGAGAAGGCAGAGUCACACUCCGAAGGCGGACAGCUCGAGGAGAGAGAAGCAGAGUCGAAUUCAGAGGACGAGAGGCACCCCCAGUCGCCUCAGGAGGCAGCCGAGUAUCACUCAGAUGACCAACCACAGUCGCCGUCCGAAGAGGGGGCCGAGACGCACUCAGAAGACGAGCACCCGAAGUCGCCGCAAGAUCACAGUCAAGUCGAGUCGCAGUCGGGGGAUGAAACCGUCCAGUCAGAGCCGGCCCCAGAGCCGAUGGAAACGUCGACCGAGUUAGAGUCAGCCCAGUCACAGUCGCAGUCCGAGUCCCAGACUCAGUCUCACACCGCGUCAGAGUCACAGCCGCAGUCUCAUGUGGAGUCAGAGUCACAGUCCCACGCUGAGUCAGACUCGAAGCAGGACGACUCGACGGCUCCGGCGUCUGACGCCGAGAAAAGUGCCGUGCAGUCGGACACUGAGCAGCCUGUCACGGCUCCCGCGGAGAAAGAGCCCAACCCGGACCUGGAGGAGGGAGAGUUAGAGGACGGAGAGCUGGAGGACGAUGAUGAGGACGAGGUCCCUCCGGUCGCCGCCAAGGACCCGGCUCCCAACGGUGACCCGACCACACCGGAGAAGCGUAAGGCCUCUCCUGAGCCGGAGAAGCCCCGCAAACACAGCCUGCUCAACCCCGAGUGGCUCACACAGAAACGCAAGGCGCCGGACACGUCACCCCGUCAGACGGGCGGCGACGGCGGCGGCUACGACCCGCCCUACGGCCGCGGCCCGGAGCACGACUACGGAGACUAUGAGGACGAGCUGGUCACCGGCGGCGGCAUGGGCGGCCACCAGCGCUUCGGCAAGCGGCGCCGCAUGGACCGCGGUCCGAUGCACAAGUCGAACGCUAUCUGUAGCUACUUCAUGCAGGGAAAGUGCCAGAAGGGGCGAAUGUGUUCCUACUCCCACAACGCAACUCCACCGCGCAAGAUGGAGCUUUGCAAGUUUUACUUGAUGAAUUGCUGUGCCAAGAAGGAGAAAUGUUUAUACUUACAUAAGGCAUUUCCAUGCAAGUUUUACCAGACUGGAGCCAAGUGUUACCCUGAUAAGAAGUGCAAGUUCAGUCACGAACCUCUGAAUGACAUUUUCCGGCCGAUUUUGUUGAAGCACCUGGAGACGGCUCCUAAGGAGAUUCUGGGCGACUUUCCCCGGAUGACCCGACCAGACGCCAACCAGGUCAUCGACGCGGCCGCCGCAAAGAGGAAGGACAACAUCGAGCCCGACUUCAGCUUUCCCAACAUGGAGCAGACCAGAAAGGCGCAUCUCAUAAACAGCUCGUUUGACCCGAGGAACCUCGAGAACGACCUGAGCGUGAGGUCGGCCAACCCUCUCGACUGGCCAGUGACGGAGCGGCUCGGCUGGGGUGGCGGCGGUAAGGAUUGGAACGGCCACGACCGCCCCGAGUGGGGCGUCCCCGAGCGGCCGGAGCGGCCGGAACGCUUUGAUCGGCCCGACCGCGACGGCAGGCCAGAGCGGGAGGGCAGGGACGGCAGAGACGACCGGGAGGACCGCGCCGAGCGACCCGAGCGCUUCGAUCGCCCGGACUGGCAGGAGAAGCCGGAGCGACCCGAGCGACCGGAGAGACAGGACCGACCCGACCGACCCGAGAGGCCCGAGAAGUCGGAACGGCGCCGCGACCCGGCCAAGGAGGAAGAGCGCAGGGAGCGGCGAGAGCGGCGCGCGCAGGAGCGCCGGGAGCGAGAGGAGCGCCGACAGCACCGGCACCACCGGCGCCGCGGCGAGCGGGACAGCGCCGAGCGCGACCGCUCGCCGCGCCACCACGACCGCCACGAGCGCCGCCGGCGCCGGGAGGAGCGGCGCGCCGCCCGCGACGAGGGGCCGCCCAGCGGCGCCGAGGACGGCGACAUCCGGCCGGUCGGCGGCGCCGGCUCCGACCCGGAGACGGCGGAGGGCGCGCCGCCGCGGGAGGAGCACCGCCAGACGCGGAGUCGCUCCGACGAGCGGACACCCUCGCCUCACGCCGACAGCGGCCGCUCGCCGCGGUCGGCCGGUCCGGACCAGCAGCGGUCGCCGCGAGACAGCUCGGACCGCGAGCGGCGGCCGUCGUCGGCGUCCCGUGAGCCGACCGGGGCCGAGUCUCCGCCGGCGGCGCCGGGCCCGGCGACCGACGAUCUGCGCUCGCCUCCUGGCAGCGCCCGGGGACCGCGCAGCGUCCAGUCGCCACCCGGCGGCCAGGAGUCCGAGCCGCCCAACAUGGACUACAUCAACAGCCUGCCGGCCAGUCAGCGCCAGCUCUACCUGCGCAUCCACCAGCACCAGAAGGAGCACGUGCCCAGAGAGGACACUCCUCAGCCGACCGAGGAGGACGAGGACCGGGCUGCCGACGACAACUGGUACUCGAGCGAUGAAGAGGACGCGCCGCCCCUGACGGCAGUCCUCAAACAGAUCUCCUCAGCAGAGCAGAGCCAAACCGGCGACACGAACAGCGCAGCUGAGGAAAAGAUGAACCCGACGGACGCUAUCAAUCAGAUCCUGACCAGUAUCCGGAAAAACACCACCUCCGAACAGGAGUCUCGCUCCGGUGAUCCGCCGCGGUUCCCGGGUCCGGAGGGCGGUCGGCCGCGCCGCUCACACGAGGACGACUGGGACGAGCGGAGCGGGCGCCCGCGACGCGACUUCAACGGCCGCUCGCCGGUGCGGGACCAGGACGAGCGCAGCCGGCGGCCGUCGGCGUCGGCGCGGGACGUCGAUGAGCGCGACUCGCGCGGCCGACGCGGCUCCUGGCGGGACGAGCGACGCGGCUCGGACGAGCGCGACGACUGGCGAGGGCCGCCGGACCGGCGCUUCCGUGACGGUGAGGGGCGCCCCGGCCGGCGAGAACCGCGAGAUGUCGACCUGCGUGACCCGCGGGCUCUGCGGGGAGCAGACCCUCGCGACUCGGAUAUAGACGCCCGGGACCCGUGGCCUGUCAGGGACACGGAUAAUAGAGAUCCGCGGGCAUUGCGAGAUGUUGAUUCCAGAGAUUCUCGCGCCGCACGUGAUAUUGAUUCACGGGAUCCUCGCGCUGCACGAGAUGUGGAUGCCAGGGACCCUCGCGCGCCACGAGACAUUGAUUCUCGGGACCCACGUGCAGCACGUGACGUGGAUCCUCGCGAUCCUCGUGCGGCACGAGACGUGGAUGCUUGGGAUCCUCGUGGGCCACGGGACGUAGAUGCCCGGGAUCCUCGUGGGCCACGGGACCUGGAUGCCCGGGAUCUACGUUCCGCCCGCGAUAUAGAUGCUUGGGAUCCGCGCUCAGCACGAGAUAUGGAUCCCAGGGAUCCACGGGCAGCACGAGAUGUGGAUCCGAGGGAUCCUCGUUCAGCGCGUGAUGUGGAUCCCAGAGAUCCCCGAAGUGGCAUGCGGGAUGUGGACACUCGCGAUCCGCGCUCGGCACGUGAUGUGGACAUCCGAGACCCUCGGGCCCGGCCGGCGGACCCGCGCCGUGGUGGCGAACCCUCUGAGGGCAUCUCCGGCAUGGACGUGGACCUGCGGCAGCCGCCGGGCGGCCCGGCCUGGCCCACUCCCGACACAGAUCUCCGUGUGCGCGACACGGACCUGCGUGUGCCAGACCGGGACAUGCGCAGCACCGGCUGGGCCGAGCUGCCCGGCCCCAUGGACUUCGACAAGGACGCCUCCGACCUGCCGCUGCCGUUCAAACCGGUCGACUUCAAGCCGUGCGUGGAGAUCGACGCGUCGGUGAACUCCCACCCGCCGAUGGAGUGGGUGGUAGUGCACGUGACCGUGGAGCGAUUAGACUACUCGCAGCAGCGCUACCGGCUGACGGAGCCGCAGUUGCGCGCCGACCCGCGGCUCAAGGCGCACCGGCGCCGCAGCAGCCAGGAGGACAAGGCGCCGGCCAAGCCGCCCGUCAUCCCCACCGAGCCCAACCGCGAGUACGAGCAGCAGCUGGCCAUGGAGCGCGAGGACCCGCGCUACCGCGAGCCGCGGCCCGACCCGCGCCAGGACCCGCGCGCCGCCGCCGCCGCGGCCGACCCGCGCCGGGCGGCGGCGGCGGCGGCCGGCGCCAUGCCGCCGCUGAUGAUGCCGCCGCAGCAGCAGCAGCAGAUGGCGGCGGCCAUGCAGAUGCAGAACCGCAUGAUGUACCCGGCGAUGCCGAAGCCCGGCCUGCUGGGCGUGAUGCCCGGUGUUCCCGGGCCCGGUAUGAUGCCGGGCUUGUACCCGCCGGCGGCGCGGCCGCUGAUGCAGCACAUGCCAAACUACGGGCGGGGAGGGAUGAUGUACGGCGACGGCGGUAUGGGGCGCGGCAUGCACUCGCCCCUCGACGAUCGUUAGCUCACGCCGCCGCGGCAGUGAGGCGGCACGGCGGCAGAGGUAUAACUGCGGGCUUUCAGCGAUACUGCGGAGCGGCGCCGGAUCGCCAUGUACGCUUUACGUUGGGGCACUACCGCCCGCCUGUUGACUUUUUGACCUGUCUGUAUCUUGUGUCCUUUGUAUAAGCUGUUAAGACGAACAAGUGUUGUAAAGAAUGCAAAUACAAAAUGUCAACCUCGA